UUCAGUGGUCGAGUGUUGGCUGUGCUGUUGGGCGUACUUUGUCGCAGCAGACAGACAUCAGCUGUGCGUUUACUUCAACAUGGCGUCGAAAGCAAUUAAAUUUUCUCCUGCUUUGAAGGAAUUAAGAAUUCACUUAUGUCAAAAAUCUGAAGCAAGCAAAGGCGUUCGGGACUUUAUUGAAAAGUACUAUGUUGGCAUCAAGCAGCAGAACCCUAAAUUUCCAAUUCUGAUUCGUGAAUGCAGUGGUGUUCAACCUCGUCUUUGGGCUCGAUAUGAGGGUGGGCGGGAAAGCAGCAUACCUCUGACGCAGUUAAAGGCAGAAGAUGUCCUAAAAAAUGUGUCAUUAGUGUCUCAAAAUGCUUAGAAAAAUAUUAUUAUUCUGUGUAUAUAGUUGUAAAUGGCUACUUGUGCCUCUGACAAAUAAAUAAUCUAUCUAACUGA